AUGGUUCAGCCAGGACGGUCGGCCUCCAUGAAAGCCGCCAUCACCAAAACGACGAGCGUCCGGAUACGGAACUGGGUGAAGAGCUCCAACAGCAGCGGUUCGUGGCCAGAGAUCACGCAUCUUGGCGGUGGCCGUGUCAACGACGAGCAAAAUCCCAUCACUGAGCCGAGCCCUAUACCGCGAAGCCGAGCAGUCUCUGCGGACAGUAGGCGAACUCAGUGGCUCGACUUUUAUUCGCAAGAUGUGACAUGCUCGCGGCUGCCAUGA